AUGAAUCCUAACAUAAAAGUCGGGCCACAGACCGACCCGGGAACCUUUGCUCCUAAACAGGAGGACGGAACCACAGACUCUAAUCAUGAACUUGACCCUGCCUUGAAAGCUUUGCUUGAUAGCCUUCAAGGGCCACAUACGAGAUCCUUAGAGGCCCAGAAAGGGAUUAAGACAGACCCAGAGAAUAAAGCAAAACAUGAGGCCGACCUCGAAGAUGCAAAGAGAGAAGAAGCAGAUAUUGAGCGACAGAUCGAAAAUCAGUUCCCCGAUCUAUACGCAGACGGCCACAAGCUCGAUCAGGAGGGCAGGCCACGGAUCAGAGGAUUGCAGCUGAGCCGCAACCGAUUCAAGUCAAGCUACGUCAUUGGAAGGAUUUACAACAAAACCACGAACAGAUUGAAUUGGUACUGGCACGGCCUUUCAGGGCAUAAUUACCGAUGGGACAUCCCUGAACCGUGGAGCAUAGAUCCCGGCUGCUUCGGUGAAUUUAAAAUCGAGAUUGGCCAGCUGGGUUCGAUGCAGGGCAAGGUGGAUUACUGGAUCGAUGGGACUGAGAGGAGCGUCCUUGGGAAUUCCCUACAGGGCUAUCUAUCGACUCAUUUUUCGGCGCACUAUGAGAAGGAGGUCAGUGGCAGCGCUGAGGUUUAUAUGGCUGACGGCUUUUCUACUCAGACUAAGGCCUGGGGUGACGGCGGCCAGGUGGACCGGAUAGAGUUUUAUUUGCGCAAAGAAUGGGCUUGA